AUGCUUCUCAGGACACAGGACGCAAAUGAAUCGACAGCUUUGGAAGCUUGUGAAUUUUGGUUGGCUUUAGCAGAAAAUCCGCAAGUAUGUAAGGAAACGUUGUUGCCGCAUCUGCCCAAGUUGAUCCCUGUGCUGGUGAAAUGCAUGAGGUAUUCGGAUGUCGAUGUUGCUGUUCUUAAGGGUAAUGUCGACGAGGAGGACAGCGCCGUGCCCGAUCGACAACAGGACAUCAGGCCACGCUUUCAUCGGGCCAAAACACAGACACAAAGGAGAUCUGAGAGCAACGCGGAAGGCGUGAGUGUUAUUUUUGAAAUUUUUUCCGAAGUUUUUUGA